AUGCGGGGAGUCCUGGAUAGGGUGGCCUUCGGGGCGCUCUCGCUGGCAUGGACGGUCGCUGCUGCUGGAAAUUACUCGUCCAUAGAUAUGAUGCGCGCACAGCUGGCUCUGAUGGGCGAUCGCCCGGCGGAUUGCCCCCCAUGCUUCAACUGUCUUCUACCGGCCUUUACCUGCGGUCAGUACUCCGAGUGCAAUCAGUUUAAUGGCAAGUGUUCCUGCCCGCCUGGAUUCGGAGGCGACGAUUGCUUCUCACCAGUAUGCGGAGCUUUGGCAGACGGGGAGGAUCGACCUAUGCGACAGAGCGACUACUGCGAAUGCAAAGAGGGAUGGACUGGCAUCAACUGCAACGUUUGCACAGAAAACAAGGCUUGUAAUGCCUUGAUGCCAACGAACGAGGGUGGGGUCUGCUAUCAGAACGGAGAGGUGGUACACGAAAACUACCAGCAAUGCGAUGUUACAAACAAGAAAAUUGUGCAGAUUUUGGAAGGGAGAAGGCCUCAAGUCACUUUCACCUGCAACGCCAAUGCCUCGACUUGCGACUUUCAGUUCUGGGUUGAACACAAGGAAUCUUUCUAUUGCUCGUUGAAUACCUGCACGUCGACCGCCGAUAAUACCUACGAUCAGAACGCGACCAACUACAAAUGCGACCACAUCGAUUGCAAAUGUAUCCCGGGCCGAAUGCUGUGCGGGGAGAACGGCUCUGUCGACAUCACCGAAUUCCUAGACGAGUCUAUCGAAGGGCCUGCAUCUUUUAGCUGUAAGCAAGAACACGGCGGGACCAACAACUGCAGGUUUAAAGAACCUGCCAUGGACGAACUAAUCCAGACGAUGUUUGGAGAUGACAGUAUCGAGUUGAACUGUAAGGCUGGGGAAUGUCUGUACGUGUCGGACGUGCCUGGAUUUGAACGGCCCGUGAAAAAGAUCAAUACUCCUUUAAUUGCAGGAGUCAUUGCUGGAUGUGCCUUGUUCGUGGUUGGGAUUAUCCUGACGGUCUGGUACCUUUCACGGAGACAGUUCAAAUAUGGGCCGGUUCAUCUGGACGACUCCGAUGACGAGAGCACCAAGUUGAUGACAGACCACAAGCCCGCCUCUUUGUACUUUGAAAAUGUCUCGUACAAUAUGAAUGGAAAGCAAAUCCUCUCUGGAAUCCAAGGAGUCGCCCACCCAGGAGAAAUAAUGGCUAUAAUGGGUGCUUCCGGCGCCGGAAAAACGACCUUCCUCGAUAUCUUGGCCCGGAAGAAUAAGCGGGGAGUAGUUUCGGGCGAUUUCUACGUCAAUGGGGAGAAGGUCAACGAUAAUGACUACAAAAACGUUGUAGGAUUUGUGGACCAGGAAGACACUAUGCUACCAACCCUUACGGUCCACGAAACGAUCAUGACCAGUGCACUUCUCAGACUUCCACGAGAUAUGGGAAAAUCCGCAAAGGAGCAACGGGUAUACGAAGUUGAGAAACAACUAGGAAUCUUCGCCAUCAGAGAUUCUUUGAUCGGCUCCGAGGAUGGAAAAGGGCGUGGAAUUUCUGGUGGCGAGAAGAGAAGAGUCGGGAUUGCUUGCGAGCUUGUCACGAGUCCAAGCAUACUGUUCCUCGAUGAGCCAACUAGUGGACUGGAUGCAUACAAUGCUUUCAACGUCAUCGAGUGCUUAGUCACUCUUGCAAAGACCUACAAGCGAACCGUCAUCUUCACCAUCCAUCAGCCGAGAUCCAAUAUUGUAGCAUUGUUCGACAGACUGCUGCUCCUGGCCAAGGGAAAGACCGUCUACUCGGGCGAUUUUGCCCAUUGCCAAGAUUUCUUCGACCAUAUCGGGUACUCCUGCCCUCCAGGUUUCAAUAUUGCGGACUAUCUGGUCGAUUUGACCAUGCACGUUGGUGGUCCUCGCACUCCUCUCGAUGAAAGUAUUGCCGACUUCGAAACCCCUAACGGGAGCGCUGGCCCGAGCAGCACCAGAGCAGUCAAAUCUAUCGCUAGUAUUGGCGGAGGAAGCAUCGAGGAGUCAAGGUUCGGAAGCCCGGGCGGUGACUCGUUGUUAAGACCAAAGGGCAACCGUCGAGUUUCUGUUAAAGCCAAGCAAGAAAGAGAGCUUUUCACACGCAAGAGACAUGGUUUCGAGACACCGACUUCACAACACGAUGAAGCCCCAUUGGAUCCAAAUGCGACAGGCUCGCAGCAGUGGCUUCGUCUACAGAAGCAGCAGGCUGGCCAGAUUCACCAACACACCACCGAAGACCCAGAUGACCUACCCCCAGCAGCCUCGGGGCCGAGUGAUCUUGAUAUCCUCGUUGCAGCCUAUCAAAAUUCCGAGAUUGCCGGCAACAUCCAUGAUGAUAUACACGCGGCCAUAGAUAGUGCCCAAUCCGCGAACGGAAUUGCCAACGGCCAUUCCCAAGGAAACGGCUCAGCAAACGGUGGGGCGAUGGGCAGAGGGUAUGCCAGGAUUGGGUACCUACGACAGUUCAUGAUCUUGUCCCAACGAACCUGGAAAAAUCUAUACCGAAAUCCAAUGCUAAUGCUCACUCAUUACGCUAUUUCCAUUCUGUUGGCAGUCCUCUCUGGCUUCCUGUUCUACGGUCUUACGGACGACAUUCCAGGUUUUCAGAACAGACUCGGACUCUUUUUCUUCAUCCUGGCUCUCUUCGGCUUCAGUACACUGUCUAGCUUGACAGUCUUCGCUACUGAGCGAACGCUAUUCGUGAGAGAGCGUGCAAAUGGAUACUACUCGCCAGUCACAUACUUCGCAGCCAAAGUACUCUUCGAUGUCGUCCCGCUCCGCAUUAUUCCCCCAAUAAUCAUGGGCUCAAUCAUCUACCCAAUGACCGGCCUGGUACCAGACUGGCCACACUUCCUCAGAUUUAUCCUCAUUCUUGUCCUCUUCAACUUGGCUGCGGCUGGUAUCUGCCUCUUCAUCGGUAUCGUCUGUAAAGACAAUGGUGUCGCAAGUCUGGUUGGCUCUUUGGUAAUGCUCUUCAGCUUACUCUUCGCCGGUCUGCUGCUCAACCACGAUGCUAUUCCUAAGUCUGCCUUGUGGCUACAGGAUAUAUCUAUCUUCCACUAUGGCUUUGAGUCGUUGAUUGUCAACGAAGUCACAUACCUCUCAUUAAAGGACAAGAAGCUCGGUCUUACAAUUGAUGUUCCGGGUGCCACGAUCCUGAGCUCGUUUGGAUUCAAUACCCAAGCGCUGUGGCCCGAUGUCACGAAUUUAGCAAUGUUCGCGGCAGGCUUUAUUAUCUUGGCCUAUAUGGCCAUGCAUGUCAUAUUGGUAGAGAGACGGUAG